AUAUCUCUAUCUGCAAAGGGUUUUUGUAGAUAAACCCUAAAACCCUGGCUAAGAUUAUCAUUCAAUCUAUUCAGCUUCUAAAGGACUAAAAUUGAGACCGUGACCAAUCAAUCAGGUAAUUUUUCCUCUUUUAUCUUUGUUCUCUAAUUUUUGUACACCCAUUAGUUUAUGUAAACUGAAAUGGAGCCCAAGCUUUUUCUUUCUUCUACUAAAGCCUCUGCAUAUACAUCUUUACCCUUUUUCGUCUCCUACAAAUCUUCUUUUCUUGAAAAGCCUCAACUUGGAUGUAAAUCCCAUGUCUCACUUGCAACAGUAAAGGCUGAAAAGUCUGAGUUUCUUGGCAAACGUUUGGUCUUGCCUGAUAAAAUUGGUUAUUUAAGUAAUUUUAGAAAAGUCCAUGUCCCUGUUGAACCAGUAAGAGCUGCUGUGAAGAGAAGGAAAGAGCUUCCCUUUGAUAAUGUAAUUCAGAGGGACAAGAAGCUCAAAUUGGUGUUAAAAAUUAGGAAGAUUCUAGUGAGUCAGCCAGAUCGAAUUAUGUCACUGAAGCAAUUGGGUAAGUUCAGAAGAGAUUUGGGUCUCACAAAAAAACGUAGAUUUAUUGCUUUAUUGAGGAAGUUCCCAGCAGUAUUUGAAAUUGUAGAAGAAGGAGUAUUUUCGUUAAGAUUCAAAUUGGCGCCGGAAGCUGAAAGGCUCUACUUGGAGGAAUUAAAGGUUAGGAAUGAAAUGGAAGAUUUGUUGGUCACGAAAUUAAGGAAAUUGUUGAUGAUGUCCCAAGACAAGCGGAUUUUGUUGGAGAAAAUUGCUCAUUUAAGAACUGAUUUUGGGUUACCUUUUGAAUUUCGUGACACUCUUUGUCAUAGAUACCCACAAUAUUUUCAUGUUGUUGCAACUGGAAGAGGGCCUGCAUUGGAAUUAACUCAUUGGGACCCUGAUCUCGCUGUAUCUGCAGCUGAGUUAGCUGAGGAGGAAAAUCGAGUUAGGGAGUUGAAAGAAAAAAAUUUAAUUAUUGAUAGACCACUUAAGUUCAAUAGAGUUAAACUUCCAAAGGGUCUUAAUCUUUCUAAGGGUGAAAUGCGAAAGAUUUGUCAAUUUAGAGAUAUGCCUUAUAUUUCCCCUUAUUCAGAUUUUUCAGAAUUGAAAUCAGGUACACCAGCGAAGGAAAAGCAUGCUUGUGGGGUUGUGCAUGAGAUUUUGAGCUUGACUGUUGAAAAGAGAACUCUCGUGGAUCACCUCACUCAUUUUCGAGAGGAGUUUAGAUUUUCUCAGCAGCUGAGGGGGAUGCUGAUAAGGCAUCCUGAUUUGUUUUAUGUGUCCUUGAAAGGUGAUAGGGACUCAGUUUUCCUCAGGGAAGCAUAUCAUGAUUCUCAAUUGAUAGAUAAAGAUCGACUGUUGGUAAUCAAAGAGAAAUUCCGUGCACUUGUCUCUGUUCCCAGAUUCCCACAGAGAAAUGUUCCGAGUAAAGAUGAUGAUAGUGCUGAUGAGCCAGAAGAUCAAAGCUACGAGGAUGGAGAGGGAUUGUCGGAUAUUGAUGAUUAUUUGACUGAUGGGCAGUUUGAUGAUGAUGACAAAGAUGAAGAAGAUGAUGAGAAUGGGGAUGAUUGGAGCGAUGAAGAUGAUGAUCAACCCCCAGAUUUCAGUGAAGAUGAUGGAGCUUUGAAGAUUGGAGUGAGCAAAUCAGUUAAACAGGUAGACCGCACAAUGAAGAAUGAAGAGAAGGUGCUAGUCCUUCCAGAUGGUAGGCCAAGAGAGCGCUGGUAAAAGGAUGCAAAUUUCUUCAUGCAGUGUAGGUCUUAAUCUUAGAGGCAUUGGCCCAAAUUUCAUCAUUUGCUUCAAAAUGCAUAGCCUGAAAUUUAUUCUACUAGUUAUAGGAUCCGGCCAUCAGGGGGUAACAUCUUGCCAAUGGGAAAGGAUAAACCUUGUAUCAUGUUUCUGAUUUAUAACGGUUGAUGCCUUUCGAUAAGAUAAUGACGUAUCAAAAUUUUUGUGUAUUUUCAGAGCUCUAUGGCUGAAUAUUUCGUGUGAGAUGUUUCUAUUGAA